CAGUACAUAGGACGGAAUGAAGGAGCUGCUGACAAGCCCUGAGGACCGGCCUCGACGGGACGGGCAGGGCACAGGACCCACAGAGACAGACAGAGACAGAGGAGAGAGAGCCCAGCCCUGCUGCACCAUGGCACCCAGGCCAAGAGCCCCCUUCUUCCUCCUCCUCCUCCUCCUCCCGCAGCUGCUGCAAGUCACCCUGCAGGCCCGGCCGGGCUUGGGAGCCCAAGCCGCCCCCCAAGUGUUGGAUCUCCUCUCCGCGUCCAACCAGAGGCUGGCGGCCAGCUCCCUGCAGCCGGCCCUGAGCGACCCCACCUUGAACGAAGUGUACAUCCUCGCCACCUUCAAGCUACAGGCCAAAACGUCGGCCACCCUGUUCGGGCUCUACUCUUCCUCCGACAACAGCAAAUACUUGGAAUUCACCAUCAUGGGGCGGCUGAACAAAGCCAUCCUGCGCUACCUGAAGGCCGACGGGAAGCUCCACGUGGUGGCCUUCCACAACGUGCAGCUGGCGGACGGGAAGCGGCGCCGGGUCCUCCUGCGGCUGAGCGGGCUGCAGCGCGGUCCCGGGGCCGCCGAGCUCUACGUGGACUGCGCCCGGCUGGACGCCGCCCAGGACCUGCCCAGGGCCUUCUCCGCCCUCACGCACGGCCCCGCUCCCGUCGAGCUGCGCACCUUCCAGAGGAAGGCCCAGGACGUGUUGGAGGAGCUGAAGGUGGCCAUCCGCGGCUCUCUCCAUCAAGUGGCCGGCCUCCAGGACUGCUUCCUGCAGCAGAGCGAGCCCGGGGGGGCCGCACCAGGUGACACAAAUUGGCAGCUCUUGGGCCAGGUGACCCAGCUUAACCAGCUCCUGGGCGAAGUGAAAGACCUUCUGAGGCAGCAGGUCAAGGAGACCUCCUUUUUGCGAAACACGAUCGCCGAAUGCCGGGCGUGUGGUCUGGGCGCAGUGAGCUCUCCCGCGCCCACCCCGAGGCCCCAGGGGUUCCUGUCAUCUCCGGCUCGCAGCUGCGACUCCAGGCCCUGCUUCCGAGGGGUCCGCUGCACCGACACCCGCGACGGUGGCUUUCAGUGCGGCCCCUGCCCCGAAGGCUACACCGGAAACGGGGUCGUCUGCACCGACGUCGACGAGUGUGCCUUCGGCCCCUGCUUCCCGGGCGUGCGCUGCGUCAACCUGGCGCCUGGCUUCCGCUGCGACCCCUGCCCGCCCGGCUUCACGGGACCCCCCUUCCAGGGGCUCGGCCCUGCCUCCGCCAGGACCAGCAAGCAGGUCUGCGCCGACGUCGACGAGUGCAGAAACGGGAACGGAGGCUGCGUGCCCAACUCUGUGUGCACCAACACGCUGGGCUCUUACCGCUGCGGCCCCUGUAAGAGCGGCUUCACCGGAGACCAGGCCCGGGGCUGCCGGGCCCAGAGAAGCUGCCGCCGGCCCGACUUGAACCCCUGUCACGGGAGCGCCCAGUGCAGCGAGGACAGGCAGGGAGAAGUCACUUGCGUGUGCGGCGUCGGCUGGGCCGGAAACGGCCUCGUGUGCGGCAAGGACGUCGACAUCGACAGCUACCCCGACGAGGAACUCCCGUGCGCCGAGAGAAACUGCAGGAAGGAUAACUGCAAGUACGUCCCCAACUCCGGCCAAGAGGACGCGGACCAAGACGGCGUAGGGGACGCCUGUGACGAGGAUGCCGACGGGGACGGCAUCCUCAACGAGCAGGACAACUGCGUGCUGACCCGCAACCCGGACCAGAGGAACAGCGACCAGGACAUCUUCGGCGACGCUUGCGACAACUGCCGCAACGUCCUCAACAACGACCAGCGGGACACCGACGGGGACGGCAAGGGAGACGCCUGUGACGACGACAUGGAUGGAGACGGCAUCAAGAACAUUCUGGACAACUGUCCGAAGGUCACCAACCGGGACCAGAGGGACCGAGACGGCGACGGCGUCGGCGAUCCCUGUGACAGCUGCCCGGACAUCAGCAACCCAAACCAGUCCGACGUGGACAACGACCUCGUGGGAGACUCCUGUGACACCAACCAGGACAGCGACGGAGACGGCCACCAGGACAGCACGGACAACUGCCCCACCGUCAUCAACAGCGCCCAGCUGGACACGGACAAGGACGGGCUGGGCGACGAGUGCGACGACGACGAUGACGACGACGGGAUCCCCGACGCCGUGCCCCCCGGCCCCGACAACUGCCGCCUGGUGCCGAACCCGGGCCAGGAGGACGAGAACGACGACGGCAUAGGCGACGUCUGCGAAGUCGACUUCGACCAGGACCAGGUCAUCGACCGGAUCGACGUCUGCCCCGAGAACGCCGAGAUCACGCUGACCGACUUCCGGGCCUACCAGACUGUCGUCCUGGACCCCGAGGGGGACGCCCAGAUCGACCCCAACUGGGUGGUCUUGAACCAAGGCAUGGAGAUCGUCCAGACGAUGAACAGCGACCCGGGGCUGGCCGUGGGCUACACGGCUUUCAACGGGGUGGACUUCGAGGGCACGUUCCACGUGAACACGCAGACGGACGACGACUACGCCGGCUUCAUCUUCGGCUACCAGGACAGCUCCAGCUUCUACGUGGUCAUGUGGAAGCAGACGGAGCAGACGUACUGGCAGGCCACCCCCUUCCGCGCCGUGGCCGAGCCCGGCAUCCAGCUCAAGGCGGUGAAGUCCAAGACGGGCCCCGGGGAGCACCUGCGCAACUCGCUGUGGCACACGGGCGACACGGGGGACCAGGUGCGGCUGCUGUGGAAGGACUCGCGCAACGUGGGCUGGAAGGACAAAGUCUCCUACCGCUGGUUCCUGCAGCACCGGCCGCAGGUCGGCUACAUCAGGGUACGUUUUUACGAAGGCUCGGAGCUGGUGGCCGACUCGGGGGUGACCAUCGACACCACCAUGCGCGGAGGCCGGCUUGGGGUCUUCUGCUUCUCCCAGGAAAACAUCAUCUGGUCCAACCUCAAGUACCGCUGCAAUGACACCAUCCCAGAAGAUUUCCAGGAAUUCCAGACCCACCAGUUCGACCGUCUGGACGACUAGGAGGGCGAGGACCCAUUCUCUCCCCGAAGCACUCGGUCUGUCUGUGUGUCGGUCUGUCUUUUAGACUGUGAGCCCACUGCUGGGUAGGGACUGUCUCUAUAUGUUGCCAACUUGUACUUCCCAAGCGCUUAGUACAGUGCUCUGCAUACAGUAAGUGCUCAAUAAAUACGAUUGAUGAUGAUGGACCCGGCCGCCCAGAGUGACGACUCCUCACGGCUUGAGGCUUCACGGGAAAUAAAAGAGGCGACG